CUAGAUUUCUAUGGUGCCCCGGGAAUAUCGCGGCAGCUUUUCAACCCAUAACUCCGAUAUUCCCUUAGAUCCUGAAGUAUAUUUAUCAUUUUUAGACGUAUGUUGGAUUAUACAAAGUCUGAGCGAAGUAUCACGGAGAUGGCAAAGGUAUAAGUUGUGGAAAAGUCGUCCUAAACGUUGCACCGAUACUGCCCCCCUCCCACACUGAUUUUUGUUUUGGCAGUACUGUACUACUGUACUUGGAUUUUGGACGUUGAAAUAUCUCUGUAAAAAUCGGGAUGUCUGACAGGGUGAUGUCUGACGUGACGGCGGAGUCCAUUAAGGUGAUCGCGGAGUCUGUCGGGAUCGGACAGCUCCCUGACGAGGCGGCCGCUGCCCUGGCAGAAGACGCGACGUACCGGCUGAAACAAAUAACCCAGGAGGCGGUCAAGUUUAUGCAUCAUGGGAAGAGGAGGAAACUGUCAACAGCUGACUUUGACAAUGCUCUGAAACUGAAAAAUGUGGAACCUCUCUAUGGUUUCCACGCGGAAGAACACAUCCCGUUCCGUUUUGCGAGCGGUGGCGGACGUGAGCUGCACUUCUACGAGGAAAAGGAGGUGGAGCUUGGUGACAUCAUCAAUGCUCCCCUUCCCAGAAUUCCACUGGAUGUCAACUUGAAAGCCCACUGGUUAGCCAUUGAAGGAGUUCAGCCAUCCAUUCCUGAGAACCCUCCUCCAGUCCCCAAGGAGGACCAGCAUGCAGCUGACAGGCCACCCGGGGUCACCGCAAAGCCCCCUGGGAAGGAUGGGACCAAACCGGCUGGGAAGCCUGGCAAAGCUGAGGUCAAAGGUCUUCCAUCAGAGGUCGCAGGGGUCAAGUUGAAGCCAGUCUUAACUCAUGAACUAUCUGUAGAGCAGCAACUGUACUACAGAGAAAUUACAGAGGCCUGUGUGGGCUCAUGUGAAUCCAGAAGAGCAGAGGCGCUUCAGAGUCUGGCCACAGAUCCUGGCCUUCAUCAGAUGAUUCCCAGGUUCAGCACAUUUGUUUGUGAAGGGGUACGUGUGAAUGUGGUGCAGAGUAACCUGGCUCUGCUCAUCUAUCUGAUGAGGAUGGUCAAGGCACUGAUGGACAACACCACGCUACAUCUGGAGAAAUAUCUGCAUGAGGUGAUUCCAGCUGUAGCCACCUGCAUCCUGAGUAAACAGCUGUGUCAGCGGCCUGAUGUGGACAACCACUGGGCUCUGCGCGACUUCGCAGCUAGACUUAUGGGCAACAUGUGCAGAAAUUUCAGUUCCAACAUCAACAACAUCCAGUCACGUAUGACAAAGACUUACACAAAGAUUUUACAUGAUGAGCACAGUCAUCUGGCGACGAGAUAUGGGGCCUUGGCAGGACUAGCAGAAAUGGGGCAUGACGUGGUGAAGUCCCUCCUGAUCCCUAAGCUGAAGGAGGAAGGAGAGAAAGUGAAGACGUUGAUGGAAGGACCGGUGCACAACUCUGUGGAUAAGACUGCAGCAGAACACAUUCGGGCACUGCUGUUGAAACACUGUGCCCCAGUCUUAGCCAAGAUCCGACCUGGUCCAGACAACCAGGAACAGUACAAGACAGACUUUGGUUACCUGGGUCCACACCUGUGUGCACACGUGGUGAAGGCACGUCAACAACAACAACAACAACAGCUUCAAGCUACAACAACAACAGCAGCGGCCAGUGUUGUACAGAGACCAACCUUACAGAUACCACAGGGGCGUGCGUCCGCAGUCCUGAGCGCCAUGGCGGCACCCCGUACUCCAACCCCCCAGGCCACCACCCCCUCCGUCCUCACCAUCUCCCGACCCUCCACCCCUGCUAACCCCCCCUCUACCCCCACCACUCCAACCCCAGGUACCCCCAACCCUCAGACAAAAUACAUCAUUGUUUCAACAACAAAGGCGUCUACUUCUACUACUCUCCCUUCUACAAGUACCAUUUCUAGCAGUGGACUGGCUUCCAGUAGUUCGUCAGCUGCUUCUACGAUUGUGAAGUUCGUCUCCGCGGCCCAGGGAAGCGCGAGCGGGGGAAGCGAGCCACGAGUUCUCGCCCAGUUACCUUCCGGACAAAAAUACGUGGUGGUUUCGGUUCCGUCUUCCGGCCAGACCACCACGACAUCGCAGGGGAAGACACAAGCCGUGGUGGUGAUGAAAUCUGAGGGUCAGGGGUCACAGGGUCAAGGGUCAACUGUGGGGAUAACCUCUGCGGCGGGGACCCUGGCACAGUUAGCGACCAGUUCAAGUCAGGAGGGCACGAAAUCGUCGUCUGGAACCAUUUCCAAACCCAACUCUUAAUUUUUAUUAUCAACCUACAAGUGACACUGUAAAAAUUGUGCAAGUAUGAAACUGUUUAUUUUCUGUUAGGUCCAACAGAUUACGUCACUUACACUGACACUGUUUUCUGUCAUAAAACUGUUUUGCUUGUAUGAGGUACAUGUAUGAAAAGGGUUGACUUGAAGAAACAGUAUGACGAUUUUACAAUACGGAAUUCUGGUUGAUAUUUUGACAAUAUUUGGAGGUAUUAUUGUAUGCUUGGCAAUGCUAAGUUCUACAACACUCAUUAAUGUCAUAAGAAAGGAAUUCGUUUUCAAAUUUGCAUAAGGUAAGGUCUACUUAUCAAGCUCUCCCUACUUUUUACAGUUUAAUUUGCUUAUACAUACAUGUACAUGUAUUACAGUUAGUUAUCCAUGUACGUUAUAUAAAAGAUUAAGCAGCUGUGAUCUAACUAUUGAGGAAUAUACUUGUAUAUGAAUACCUAUAUGUGCAGUUGUGAGACCUUUGUCAUUUUUUCCAUUCAAACAAGGAACAGAUUAAGUAAGCUAUUUUGACCCUAUCCUAGCUUUCAAUUUUAGUACAUGCAUGUUUUGGUCCUUAAAAAUUUGUAUGUUUACCUCAGCUUCCUCUUCUCCAAACACAUAAGGUCAAUGACCUGAACCA